GUCAUUUCAUAUUCCCAAGCUACUUAACUUGAGAAAGGCAGAAAAGUACUUUUAGCUACAAGUUUCUCUUUCUCUUCUCUUCAAGUCAUUCUUCUUUCCCCUCCUUCGGCCGUCAACAUGGAAAUCGUAGCUCUUGUCAUCGGAGUGAUAGGCAACAUCAUCUCAGUUCUCAUGUUUCUUUCUCCGGUAGGGACAUUCAUUAGGAUAGUGAAGAAUCAAUCGACUGAGGAAUUUGAUAGCCUUCCAUACAUUUGUACACUGCUAAGUUCAUCGUUGUGGACUUACUAUGGAAUUAUAAAGCCAGGGAGUUUUCUUGUAUCCACUACCAAUGGUUUUGGAGUCGCCGUUGAGAUUAUAUACGUGUCCUUGUUCCUUCUAUUUGCUCCUCCAAAGAUGAGAUUAAAGACUGCGGUACUAGUUGUGGUUUUAAAUGUGGUGUUUUCAGCGACAGCUAUUCUGUUGGCACAUUUUGGAUCUCAUGGGGAGAUGAGAAUUGAUGUUAUUGGUUUCUUGUGCUCAGCUCUAAAUAUUGUCAUGUAUAGUUCCCCUCUUAGCGUGGUGAAAACAGUGGUGACAACAAAGAGCGUUGAGUACAUGCCAUUCCUUCUCUCACUUUUCUUUUUCUUAAAUGGUGGAGUUUGGACUUUGUACGCCUUGCUUGUACGAGAUUGGUUUCUUGGACAGGAACCUUGGGACAAGGCUUCAUUCCUUUAUGAGUACCUGCUAAAUGAUGUUUCAAUCGGUUGAUAGUGCCAGUACAUUUUUGGGUGCAAAACCUACACCUAAAGAAAAUUUCCUCCUGAUUUGAGAUUGUAUACUUCCAGGCAGGAUCUUUUUUGCUCACAUCUUCAGACUCCCCUUCAUCCAUUUUCUGCAAGUUUUGAUUUUGAAGAGUUCACCUGCUACUACACAAAAAUGAGUUAAAAAUCUUAAUUUUGUCAUUUUUAUUUUGUAAAGCAAAAUUAAAGAUUUAGACAUGAAAAAAGGAUCUUUUACUUUGUAGAAUGUGGACUACUCAUGAAGAUAAAUAAUUAAACAUAAAUUGAAAAAGAUUCCAUGUUUUCCUCGACAACAAUCAAAUUCCAAUUUCCAUAUACAAAAAUCAAAGUUAUUCAACAAUCAACAUACCCACUUGCUCAUAAAUCUAAUCAAUACAUAUAGAAGCACGCACACAUAUAAUCCCAUAUUAUAUUUUGAAAGAGCAAGAGAAAUACUGAACUUGAAAAACUAAUUACAUACAUAUUUACAAGCUAACCGUGAAAUAUAAAAAGAGAGGAAAGUAAUGAGUUCAAAAUAAUAAAGAUUUUAUAUGGAGGAAGGAACAAACCUGUUGAAUUUAAUGUA